AGUUUAUAUUUUUUAAUAUAUGAUUUAGUAUAUUUUAUUGAAUAUAAUUUAAUUGAAGUUAAUUCUUCAUGUAUUGUUAUAAUUUUUUUAUUUGAUUGAAUAUCAUUAAUUUUUAUAAGAAUAGUUUUAUUUAUUUCUUCUUUUGUAAUUUUUUAUAGAGGUUCUUAUAUAAGAGGUGAUUUAAAUUUAAAUCGAUUUAUUUUAUUGGUAAUUAUAUUUGUUAUAUCUAUAAUAUUAAUAAUUAUAAGUCCUAAUUUAAUUAGGAUUUUAUUAGGAUGAGAUGGUUUAGGAUUAAUUUCAUAUUGUUUAGUAAUUUAUUAUCAAAAUAUUAAGUCUUUUAAUGCAGGAAUAUUAACUGUUCUUUCAAAUCGAAUUGGGGAUAUUUUUUUAUUAUUAUCAAUUUCUUGAAUAAUAAGAUUUGGAAGAUGAAAUUUUUAUUUUUAUUUAGAUAUAUUAAAAUCUAAUAAAAUAAUGAUAGUAAUUAUAUUAAUAAUUUUUAUUUCUUCUUUUACAAAAAGUGCUCAAAUUCCAUUUUCUUCAUGAUUACCAGCUGCUAUAGCUGCUCCUACCCCUGUUUCUUCUUUAGUUCAUUCUUCUACUUUAGUUACAGCAGGUGUUUAUUUAUUAAUUCGAUUUAGUAAUUUAUUUUUAAAUGAAAAUUUUAUUUUUAUAUUUAUUUUGUUAUCAAGAUUAACAAUAUUUAUAUCAGGUUUAAAUGCAAAUUUUGAAUUUGAUUUAAAAAAAAUUAUUGCUCUUUCUACAUUAAGACAAUUAGGUUUAAUAAUAAGAAUUUUAUUUUUAGGUUUUAAAUAUAUAGCUUUUUUUCAUUUAUUAAUACAUGCAUUUUUUAAGGCUUUAUUAUUUAUAUGUUCAGGAGUUUUUAUUCAUAGAUUAAAUAAUUUUCAAGAUAUUCGUAUUUUAGGUUCAAUAUUUAAUCAAAUACCUUUUACUUCUAUUUGUUUUCAUUUUUCUAAUUUAUCUUUAUGUGGUUUUCCUUUUUUGUCUGGAUUUUAUUCAAAGGAUAUUAUUUUAGAAAUAGUUUUAAUAAUAAAUUUUAAUUUAAUUAUUAUAAUUAUAUUUUUUUUAUCAACUUUAAUAACUGUUUCUUAUACUUUUCGUUUAAUUUAUUUUUCAAUAUUAGGUUGAUAUAAUAUAAUUAGUUUAAAUUUUCUAAAUGAUUACAAUUUAAAUUUAAAUAAUUCAAUAUAUUUUAUAUUAGUUAUAGUAGUUAUGGGAGGUUCAAUAUUUAUAUGAUUAAUUUUUCCUUAUAGAUAUAUUAUUAUUUUACCUUUUUAUUUUAAAAUUUUACCUAUUAUUAUUAUUAUUAUGGGUAUAUUAAUAGGAUUUAUAAUUUAUUAUUUGAAUAUUAAAAUAUUUAAUUUUAAAUUUUAUUUUUUAAGAAUAUUUUUUAGAAAUAUAUGAUUUUUACCUAUUAUUUCUACUUAUGGUUUAGUUAAAAACUUAAUAUUUAUUAAUAAGGAAAUAACAUUAAAUUUUAAUCAAAAUUGAAUA